AUGGAAUUUGAACGCUGUCGUCCACCGCUCUCCAUCAGCACGAUCGCUUACCUGACGAUUCAAGGGCCCUGCAUUGGAGUCGUGGCAGCCCUUGGUGGGUCAUUUCAGCCAAAUCCUCUCGACACCCUGGUCAUCCUGCUCGUGGGGAUUCCUGUACUGACCAGGUUGUAUUGUUUAUUGCACAAAUGGCCUCGAUGGGAGCCAUUCUCGUUCUGUGUGUCGGCGGUAGAGGAUAAUUUGGGACAGCUGGUCGCGUGGGCAAAGGCAGCACCGUACUUCCGUGAGCUAGAGAUGGCUGAUCAAAUGCAGCUGUUGCAUGCUAGCUGGGCAGCUGUUCAUAUAGCUGAUUUCGCGUAUGCCGCCGUUAUUGGAGCGAUACCGGCCAGUAUCAAGAUGAACAACGGACUAGAGGUUCCAUCAGGCUUGGCGGCUGUGAUGGGUGAUUGUUCAUUGUUGGCUUUAUGGACAGAAAUCGUCCAUCUUCUGGCUAGCCGUGGCUUCACAAGAGUCGAUCUUGCUGCUUUUCGAUACCUGGCUUUAUUCCACGAGGAUGGUAUGUCUUACGUCAUUUAUGAGUUGACUUGGGUAGCUUUAGGUGAAUGUCGUGUGGAGAAUCGGGCGUUGAUCCGAGCAGCUCGAGAUUCCCUGAUGCGUUGCUGGGGAGAGUAUCGAGGAUCGGAUGUAGCUCUCCUACCACAAUUCACCGCCUUUCUGCGAAUAAGGUAG